UUACGAAUCCCGCCAUAUCCGCUCUGGAAGGUGGUUUAUGAACGUAUUUCGCGUUUUAAUGGUUGAAAACAAAGAAAAUGUAGAGUUCUUCCGAGUUAUUUGCGAAUAAUACCUUUCGAGUCAACGAAACUGCUGGGGACAAUUCACAGUUUUAUCAGAAUCCAAGACCGACAUUCGCGUCUCUUUAUUUAACAACCUAAACACACCGAACCAUGGCAAACGUUUCUCUCGAUAAAGACACGUUUUUCCGCCGCAUGAAACGGUUGUAUGCGGCAUGGAAGGAUGGAGAAGCAGGAAUGGAUGACAGUUUUAAUAAAAUGGAUUGUCUAGUAUCUGCUGUCGGCACUGAUGAGGACAUUGUAUAUAGCAAAUCCAUCGCUCUUCAGACUUGGUUGUUAAGUUAUGAACUUACGGAUACUAUCAUGAUACUUGGUGAAAAUUCCAUUAACUUCCUGGCAAGUAAAAAGAAGAUUGAAUUUCUAAGAAAGGUUGAAAAUCAAAAGACUGAAGAUACAGGAGUACCCCCCGUAAAAUUACUUAUGAGAGACAGAAGCGAUGAAGAUAAAGCUAAUUUCGCAAAGCUAAUCGAGGUCGUAAAGAACAGUAAGAAGGGUAAAACCUUAGGAGUGUUCUCGAAAGAAAAUUACCCUGGUGCCUUUAUGGAUGCAUGGAGAGCUGCCUUGAAAGCAGAAUCAUUUGAUACGGUUGAUGUGAGCGCCGCAGCAGCAUAUGUCAUGUGUCCAAAAGAAGAUGCUGAAAUCAUUACAAUAAAAAAGGCGUGCUUGGUAUCCACGGAUGUUUUUACAAAAUAUCUGAAGGAUCAAAUAAUGGAAAUCAUUGACUCGGAUAAAAAAGUGAAACACUCAAAGUUAGCAGAAGGAGUCGAUACCGCUAUAUCCAAUAAGAAAUUUGUCACAGGAGUUGAUGUUACGCAAGUGGAUAUGUGUUAUCCAGCGAUCAUCCAAAGUGGUGGCAAUUAUUCUUUAAAAUUCAGUGUUGUGAGCGAUAAAAACAUUUUGCACUUUGGUGUAAUUAUUUGCUCCCUUGGAGCACGCUACAAGUCAUAUUGUUCUAACAUCGUUCGUACAUUACUUGUCAACCCUACAAAAACGAUUGAGGAAAAUUACAAUUUUCUGUUGCAACUUGAAGAAGAAAUUUUAAAGAAAAUGGUGGCUGGCACGAAAAUAAGCGAAGUUUACGACACUGGCGUUAAGUUCGUUAAAUCGGAAAAGCCAAAUAUGUUGGAUCACUUGACUAAAAGUUUUGGUUUCGCAAUGGGUAUCGAAUUUAGAGAAAGUUCAUUGCUAAUAGCUCCAAAGACUCAUGUUCCGAUCAAAAAAGGAAUGGUAUUUAGCGUCAAUGUUGGCCUUUCCAGUCUUACCAAUCCAGAUGCUACCGAUAAAGAAGGGAAGAUUUAUGCCCUCUUCGUUGGAGACACCGUCAUGGUCAAUGAGGGUCAACCAGCGACCGUGUUAACACCUUCAAAGAAAAAGAUAAAAAAUAUUGGGAUAUUCUUAAAAGACGACGAAGAGGAAGAGGAAGAAGGUAGCGGAAAAGAAAAUGAGCCAAAACCUGAAAUUUUAGGCAGAGGAAAGAGAACUGCGGUAAUUGAAUCAAAGUUAAGAACAGAGCACAGCUCUGAAGAAAAAAGAAAACAACAUCAAAAAGAACUCGCCCAACAAUUAAACGAAAUAGCGAAAGCUCGACUGGCGCAACAAUCCGGUGGCAAAGAACAGGAGAAAAUACGAAAAUCAACUGUAUCAUACAAAAGCCUCAAUCAUAUGCCACGAGAACCAGAAGUUAAAGAAUUGAAACUAUAUGUUGAUAAGAAGUAUGAGACGGUUAUCCUGCCAAUUUUUGGUAUACCCGUACCGUUUCACAUAUCUACAAUCAAGAAUAUUUCCCAGUCCGUAGAAGGAGACUAUACGUAUCUCAGGAUAAACUUCUUCCACCCCGGAGCAACAAUGGGACGAAACGAAGGUGGGACUUAUCCGCAACCCGAUGCCACAUUUGUUAAAGAAGUAACUUAUCGGAGUACAAACACCAAAGAGCCUGGCGAGAUAUCUGCACCGUCGUCAAAUCUCAACACCGCCUUCAGACUCAUUAAGGAAGUUCAAAAGAAGUUUAAGAAUCGUGAAGCCGAGGAAAGGGAAAAGGAAGACUUGGUGAAACAAGACACAUUAGUACUCUCCCAGAACAAAGGAAAUCCGAAACUAAAAGACCUUUAUAUUCGACCGAACAUUGUCACUAAAAGAAUGACUGGAGGAUUAGAAGCUCAUAGCAAUGGCUUCCGUUACACUUCGGUCAGAGGUGACAAAGUCGAUAUACUUUAUAACAAUAUCAAAAACGCCUUCUUCCAGCCUUGUGAUGGGGAAAUGAUAAUACUUCUUCAUUUUCACCUAAAGCAUGCCAUCAUGUUUGGUAAAAAGAAACAUGUAGAUGUACAGUUUUAUACGGAAGUAGGAGAGAUUACAACAGAUCUCGGAAAGCAUCAGCACAUGCACGACCGUGAUGAUCUUGCAGCUGAGCAAUCGGAAAGAGAACUGAGGCACAAACUGAAAACUGCCUUUAAAAGCUUUUGUGAGAAGGUUGAGGGGAUGACCAAGCAAGAGAUCGAAUUUGAUACGCCUUUUAGAGAGUUAGGAUUCCCUGGUGCACCUUACAGGAGCACCGUCCUUUUGCAGCCUACCAGCGGUUGUUUGGUUAAUCUUACCGAAUGGCCUCCAUUUGUGAUCACGUUAGAAGAUGUUGAACUUGUACACUUUGAAAGAGUACAGUUUCAUUUGAAGAACUUCGAUAUGAUAUUUGUCUUCAAGGAUUACCACAGGAAAGUUGCUAUGGUCAACGCUAUUCCCAUGAACAUGCUGGAUCAUGUUAAGGAGUGGUUGAACUCGUGUGAUAUCCGGUAUUCCGAGGGCGUACAGUCAUUGAAUUGGACGAAAAUUAUGAAAACCAUCACGGAUGAUCCAGAAGGAUUUUUUGACAGUGGUGGCUGGACUUUCCUUGAUCCUGAGAGUGAUGCCGAAAAUGAGGAAGUUGAAGAUGAAGAAGAAGAAGAGGACGAUGCUUACGAACCAUCGGACAUGGAGAGCGAAGAAGAGUCUGACGAUGAUUCGGAAUAUUCGGAAGCUUCGGAAGACUCUGAUAGCGAAGAAGAAGAGUUAGGUAGUUCUGAAGAGUCUGGGAAGGAUUGGUCAGACCUAGAGAGGGAAGCAGCAGAAGAGGACAAAGAGAGAGCAGAUGAUCGCUUCCAGGAUGAUUAUAAUUCAAGUAAAAAGAAGAAGUCUAGUAGAAGACAAUCCCCAUCUCCAUCAAAAGACAGGCACAAUUCCAAGCACAAGAAUUCAAGUUCAAAGAGCAAACAUUCAUCUAGCGGAAAAGAUAGGAAAUCAUCGGACAAACAUAGAUCGGAUCGAUCGCGGAGUGGGGGUUCACACAAGAAAGUGUCUCCUUCCAAAUCGUCCAAACACAGUCCCAAAAAGUCCGACAGACACGACAAACACGAUAGGCACGACAAGCACAAAUCGUCACACUCCUCGUCUAGUAGCAAGAAACGCUCGCGCGAAGAUAGUUCUGAGAGAUCCUCCAAGAAAUCCAGGAAGUAAGUGUGAUCGAAAGGAAGCAUUGAACAUUGAGUGCUAGAGUGGAAGCAUAAAUACUUAUGUGGUAUAUAAAUGCGAUUUGUGCAAACUUUCUUACUUUGUACGCUAGAAAUAGACCACGAAGGUUGCACAUUUUCUUGCAUUGACGACAGAUUAAUUCAGCGAGCUUGACAUAUAGGGAGCCCUGUUAUCUCUGUUUCCCCGCUGUGAAUACGAAAAUCAAAUUCCGAUGCCUCGCUUAUACCCAUAAGUGAAAUGCAAAUUUGGCUUAAUCAACGGUUUAUUCUUACGUUCCAUAAGUUCUUAUUAGACUCACUUUUUAGGAUUUCCAAUGAUGGUAUUUUCGCAUUAAGAUUAAACAGUCGUAGCUAUAUUGUUCCGUUAAUUACAUGUUACAUUGAAACUUACGAUUUAGUUAUUUGUGAGAUAUUUUUGAUAAAAAAUAAAAGAAAUCACCUACCACCGAAGGUGACAUGAAUUGUCCAAUUUUUGUAAUUGAAAUAAAUAACAUGUCAUAUUGUGAAAUGCCUUUAUUUCACAUGGAUUGAUUGAUUGAACGUGCUUAUAGAAGUGAAAAUACCAUCAAUGGUACCGUUUAAGAAGGACCAAAGCUAAAAAGAAGGUAUCUUGUGGAAGAAAUGGUAAACCAUGUUCUCGUGAUAAUCUUUGUGCAAGAAGAUGUUCUGCCUCCAAUUAUUUACCGUGUACAAAUAAUACCAUCCACGGGCGUUCGAGGAUCCUUGGUAAUUUCGUUGAUACCUCAUUACCGAAUGUGAAAUAAUUCUUAAGUUAUUUAUCACUACUGUACAAAUAUCCGUCAUGGUUUUUAUAUUUCCAAAAGAAAAAAAAAAUGUGCUGUAAGCAACGUUAACGAGCGAGAUUACCUGUUUUUAUUAAAUAAAUCGAGACCUCAAAAUACCGUACACCCGUGAAA